GUGAGCGCAGGAGCCACCGGGGUUAAACGUGUUCCCGUUUGGUGGCGGAGGUGGACCUGUCGGGGGACGACUCGCGAGUUUUGAUUGAGGGCUGACAUCUGUGCAGAGAGCAGACGGACGCAGCACGCGUUGGAGACGCGGUCAUGUUGCAGCAGCGCGUUCUUACGACCGUCCUGCAGCAGUUUUACAGGCAGCGAACCGGGUUUCCGGCGCUGCUGGAUGGACGCAGGAGCGAAUCAACGCUUCCAGAUGUGGCGGAGCGCACCCUCGUCGCCGUGAAGCCGGACGGAGUCCAGCGUCGCCUCGUCGGGCAGAUAAUUCAGCGCUUCGAGCAGCGCGGCUUCAAGCUGGUCGGCAUGAAGAUGCUGCAGGCGUCGGAGGAUCUGCUGUCGCAGCACUACAGUGAGCUGAGGACCAAAGCCUUCUACCCCAGUCUGCUGCAGUACAUGACCUCAGGGCCCGUGGUUGUCAUGGUGUGGGAGGGACACAACGUGGUCCAGACCUCCCGUACGAUGGUGGGCCCCACUAACCCGGUGGAGGCCCGCGCCGGCACCGUCCGAGGAGACUUCAGCACCCACGUCAGCAGGAACGUGGUCCACGCCAGCGACUCCCCGGAAGGCGCCCGGAGGGAGAUCCAGCUGUGGUUCCAGGGCCAGGAGCUGGUGCAGUGGGACUGCUGUGACCAGCACUGCCUCCGUGGAGCGUGAGCAGCGCAGGCGGAUCGGACAGUGCUGCUGCCGGGCUACAGGUCCGCCUCAUAAUUUAGCUCAGGGCACUUAAAGAAACGAAGAUUUAUGCUGAAACGUACCUUUUUACAAAUUUGUGCACAUUUUUAAUCCAUCCAAUAAUAUAAAUAAAGUGAAUGUUCACACUGAGACGUGGGUGAUUGUAAAUGUCAUAUUUAAACCUGCUGUCGGCUAGAGGCUAAUUAUUUAUCAUGUUAUGAAGCAUAAGAAAUAUAAUUGAGCCAUGUAUCGCUAACAACUGACCUAAUUGUUUACUUGAAGAUUCUUCCCACAUGCCUUAACUGCUACUUGACUUGAGAUUUUAAUGAAGCACUAUCAUCACUGAAGAAUCCUCCUACCUCUGUUUAAAGCCACUGUGAUCGAGGUUUGCUUGUCCAUAACUGUUUGAAACGUGAACAAUCAUUUGAAUUAAACAGUGUUUACACACGAA